GUCAGUGUCCGAGUAAACAGACUGUUGUCAUAACGUUGCCGUAGGCCAGAACACAACAGAGACCAUUUCAAUUGUUAAGUUGACAGCGUCAAGAUGUGUUGUCGCUGUUGUGGAGAAACACAACAAAAAGUAUGGGUAUUUGGGUUGGGGUUAUUAUUUGUAAUCUCCGGUUUAGUAUGCACUAUCUGGUGGCCCUCAUAUGCUGAGGCUAUGAUUUAUAAGACCCUACCUCUUAAAGAUGGUGGCCGUACUUAUGACAAAUGGUCUAUUACACCCAUACCCGUGUACUUACACAUGUAUCUCUUCAACUGGACUAAUCCGGAACAAGCGCGAGUGGCUGGCGUUAAACCUAACUUCGAUCGUGUGGGUCCUUAUGUGUUUCGUGAGGAUAAAAUCAAGCAGAAUAUUACUUGGUUUCCAAAUAAUACUGUUUCAUUUCGUCCCGAGCGCACCUGGUUUUUCGAGCCGGAAAUGUCGGGUGGUACUUUGGAAGAUGUAAUCACAUGCCCACACUUGCCCUCAAUUGCUGCCUCUAAUGCCGCACGUAAAUUUAAUAAACUGAUAAAAUUCUUUUUCAACGUUGCCCUUAACACUAACGGCGGAGCUCUCUACCAAACACACACUGCCAAUGAAUGGCUGUUUGAAGGAUUCUAUGAUGAAUUUCUUGACUAUGCCAUGAAACUUAACAAUUCCGAAACUGCUAAUAUAAAAUCUAAUCGCUUUGCCUGGUUCUUAGAUCGUAAUGGUACCUCUGAUUUUGAAGGUACCUUCACCAUUAAUACGGGUGUUAAAGAUUUGCGCGAAAUGGGUGAGUUGAAAUAUUGGAAUGGACAAAAUCACACAGGCUACUUUGAGGGUGAGUGUGGUAAAAUCAAUGGCAGUACGGCCGAUUUGUUUGUACCCAAAAGAGCUGCAGAUGAAUGGAUUACAAUAUUUAUAAGAGAUACUUGCCGUAUUAUUAACUUAGUGCCAGUGGGUACAGAAGUUAUCGAGGGCAUAGAGGCCAUACGCUAUGAAACUCAACCCGAUACUUAUGAUAGCGGUGAUUUGAAUCCGGAUAUGAAAUGUUAUUGUCCCAAAGAAAGACAACCGGAUAAUUGUCCCAAAUCGGGUAUGACUGAUAUUGGGCCCUGUUCAGAUGGGGCGCCCAUGUACAUGUCACAUGCUAAUUUUAUGUAUGCUGAUCCCAGCUAUGAAAAUACAACCACGGGUACAAAGCCAGAUCCGGAUAAUGAUGUAUUCUUUAUAACAAUGGAGCCGAGAUUGGGGGUACCCUUGGAGGUGAAUGCAGCCGUGCAAGUUAGUUUGCUGAUACAACCUGAUAAAGAUAUAUCAAUUCUAAAGGGAGUCCAAACAUUUUAUGCACCCAUGUUUGUGAUAAACAGCAAGGCCAGAAUAACCAAAGAAGUGGCCGGUGAAGUUAAGCUGGCCUUAAGUCUUCCCGACAUAGGCUUCUACAUGGGCAUUGCUUUCCUUUGCCUGGGGGCUCUCAUGAUAGCCAUUGGUUUUUAUCUCUCCUGUACCAACAAAUGGUAUAAACCCAAGUUAGAUGAGAGAAACUUAAUAAAUGAAGGCCAAAAACAAUAGACAAAUUAAAAAUCUACUACAAAAAAUAUACCUGUCCACCUAAGAAGCCUUUUUUUAAAUGAGAACAAAUCUUAUAGUUUUAAGUUAGAACAAUAAGUAUUAAUUAUUGAAUUUUUAUAUGAACAACUAAAUAAACCAAAUCAGAAAUUAUUAAUAAA